GUAGAAACAUCACUUGCCCAUACAUACCAAAAACACUCUGGGGAAGAGCCGCGAGGCCGGCAAAGGCGGCAGCUAUGGUCCUAAAGGAAACCAUGGUAUGUGGUGGUGUCCCCGCAAACGGGGUGAGGCUCAGAGAGGCCUCUCACUUGUGGUGUUGCGUAAGCCUCUCGAAUAGGGGAGACUGAGCGUAAGAGAGAAAGAGGGUCUGGUCGGUUUGCGAUCGUCCCUAAACCACUGUUGUGCCCGCGUCGCACCGCGUCGUUCCGGGUGUUUUCCAAAAAAUAAAAAAGGAGUAAAUACACACACGAAGACGAAGGGAUGACGAACAAAAAAGGCAACAAGACAGACGGCAAAGUAAUAAAACAAGAACGGACGAAUGGAGAGUGGUGGACGGGGAAAAGAAGGUGGAAAGUCCGGGUGCUGGCGGCCGACUGCAAAAUAGUGUGCGAGUGUGAGAUGAACGGUGGAUUGCGCAACACGAUCUCUUGGUACGGGGGCGUGGACCAACUGUAUUGGAGCUCGAGAGGUGCUGUGGAUUCCAGAGGCGGGCUGGGCGACGUCUUGGUAACUCUUGGCUUAGUGCUACUCGGCGACGCGGCAGUGGCAACGCCAAUGUCCAAGUAUCCUCGUGGGGGCUGGGACAAUGCACCUGGUAGCCUCCCUAGCAACCAACCCGGUUUUCGUGUCUGUAUCUCUCGGUUUGUCGUGUUGAGUACGGAGUACGGUGCAAGAGAGAGAGAAAUAGUUACUGCGUAUAAACGACAGUCCCGAAAGGGGGUUGGGUUGGGUCGGGUGAGUGAAUCAAGGUUGCGGGAUGGGUUCUAUUGUGGCUCUGCACACUCUUUUCUCUCCUCUCUAGACUCCUGACUGGCUGGUGAUGUACAAGGUACCCUUAUCCAGGACCAGGGGAGGAGAAAGAAGCCUGGGAGGAUGGU